CCCGCCCGCAGCCCCGGGGCCAGGAAGUGCGAAAGGAACCGCCGCGGGCGAUGGACGGGGCCGUGAUGGAAGGGACGCUCUUUUUGCAGAGUCAGCGUUUCGGUACCAAGAGGUGGAGGAAGACCUGGGCCGUGCUCUACCCAGCCAGCCCCCACGGCGUAGCGCGGCUCGAGUUCUUUGACCACAAGGGGUCGAGCUCUGGAGGGGGCCGAGGGGGCUCGCGCCGCCUGGACUGCAAGGUGAUCCGUCUGGCGGAGUGUGUGAGCGUAGCCCCCGUGGCCGUGGAAAGCCCCCCUGAGCCUGGCGCCACUGCCUUCCGCCUGGACACCGCGCAGCGCUCCCACCUGCUGGCGGCCGACGCGCCGUCCAGCGCCGCCUGGGUGCAAACCUUGUGCCGCAACGCCUUUCCGAAAGGCAGCUGGGCUCUGGCGCCUGCUGAGAACCCACCCAAGCUUUCUGCCCUGGAGAUGCUGGAGAACUCCCUGUAUAGCCCCACCUGGGAAGGAUCCCAGUUCUGGGUAACCGUGCAGAGGACUGAAGCCGCUGAGCGCUGCGGCCUGCACGGCUCCUAUGUGCUGAGGGUGGAGGCUGAGAGGCUCACUCUCCUGACCGCGGGGGCCCAGAGGCAGAUACUAGAGCCACUCCUUUUCUGGCCUUACACUCUGUUGCGUCGCUAUGGCAGGGACAAGGUCAUGUUCUCUUUUGAGGCUGGCCGCCGCUGCCCCUCCGGCCCUGGAACCUUCACCUUCCAGACGGCACAGGGAAAUGACAUCUUUCAGGCAGUUGAGACUGCUAUCCACCGGCAGAAGGCCCAAGGAAAGGCUGGUCAGGGGCAGGAUGUUCUCAGAGCUGAUUCCCAUGAAGGAGAAGUGGCAGAGGGGAAGUUGACCUCCCCCCCUCAGGAGGUCCUGGGCAGCCCUCCAGCACUGUAUGCUGAGCCCUUAGACUCCCUUCGUGUUCCUCCAGGCCCUUCCCAGGAUUCCCUAUACUCAGACCCCCUGGACAGCACCCCUGCUCAGACAAGGGAGGGGGCACAGUUAAAGAAACCUCUCUAUUGGGACUUGUAUGAGCAUGCACACCAGCAGUUGCUGAAGGCCAAGCUGAAGGACCCCAAAGAAGACCCCAUCUAUGAUGAACCUGAGGGCCUGGCCCCAGCUGCUCUCCGGAGCCUUUAUGAUCUGCCUCAAGAGCCCAAGGAUGCAUGGUGGUGCCAGGCCCGGGUGAAGGAGGAGGGCUACGAGCUCCCCUACAACCCUGCCACUGAUGACUAUGCUGUGCCACCCCCUCGGAGCACAAAGCCCCUCCCAGCUCCCAAGCCCCAGGGCCUGGCCUUCCCUGAAGCUGGAGCUGCAGCUGGCAGUGGCAGCAAAGGCCACAGCUCAGAUGGUGCCCUGUACAGCCAGGUCCAGAAGAGCGGGGCCUCAGGGAGCUGGGACUGUGGGCUUUCUAGAGCAGGGACUGACGGGACUGGGGUCAAGCCAGAGGGCUCCACGUGAGAAGUAGGGCAAGGCUGGGGUUACUGAUAGGAGGACCAUGGGGAGGUGGCAGUGGGGAAUCAAAGAAACCUGUUAGAACCAGCGGGAACCAGAGGGCUGGAGGGGCCUGUGUGAGACCAGGGGGCCAGAGGGAUCAGGGAUGGAUGAUCAAUCCCAAGAAGUCCUGGAAGUGGGACAGAUGGCAGGGGCUGCGGGAUGGGACCUGGGGAGGCCAGCACCCCUAAGUCAUCCCCCCCAAAGGAAUGGACAGCUGCCGGACCAGGUCUGUGGAAAGGGGUACUUGGUCAGAGUAGGUGCAGUCUGAGAGACCUGUAUGGAGGCUAUACGGAGAUGCUGGACUGUGCCUGGAUCCUUACCCCUGCAUUGUUCUUUGCCGGAAAUAUAUAUUUUUAAAAGUCUUAUUCUCAUUAAAGUCAGUUUGGGUUUAAGA